AUGCCGCUCAUGGACCGUGACCCCUCGUGGGAGGGAGAAGGCCAUCUCAGGCAUCAGCACUCGGCAUCUUCUGAUCAUGGUCGAGCACUCAUUCCCAUAAUGACUUGGUCCAAGCUAAUCCGCCAAAGGUGGGAUAGCUCUGAUCCCGAACGCGCGCCUCCGCCGCUUCCACUCAAUCCUCAGUCGCCCAGCAUCUCGCCACGAAAGGGUACAUCGAGCGCAAUACAGUCUGCUCACGCUACACUCGCCGAAAGGGCCCGCGAGAGCAGCGGCAUGCCCAGCCCUUUGACAAAGCGCACAAACGAUAGCUCCCCAGACAAGUCUCUUGUCAGAGGUCCUCAACACCGACGAAUGCAGUCGCUUCACACCGGCACCGUCCGCGACAUCAGCCUCUUGCUCGAAAACGGGCCCCAGCCUGGGCCUUCCUCUCCCACGAAACCUGCCGAGAAGAACUUGCGGCCCUCAACCCCUUCCAGGGCACCACAUAGCUUCUCCGAGUCGGUUCUGUCGGACAAGGAGAACCACGCCAUCCUCACCUCUCCAACGCCGGGACCGAGCCUGACGCCGAUCGUCCGUCCGACGGCCCGUAGAACGCACCAAAGCAUACUCGGAGACAACACGCCGCCACAGUCCGCAACCAUGCUGGCCCUUCAACACGUGCCCUCUCCGGCCCCGGCCCCGAAGGAGGCCGAAUUACCUCUCCAGAAUGCCAAUCCUGCACCCACAUCGACGGCCCUCGUGCGUGCUCCGCUGAACUUCGACGGGCUUUCCAAUCAGAUCCUGAGCCUUACAAACAUAGCGACUGCGCUCCAGAGAGACAUGGCGCAACUGAGCCGCCGCAGCCGGGACAAUGCGACCGAUCUCUCCAGUCUCAAAGAAGCCACGACGGCCCGGGACGAAGAUAUCCGUAAAAGCAUCCGCGAAAUGAUCACCAAUCUCAACGAAGUGAAUUCCCGACCACUCUCGCGGGAUCCUUACGGUUCAGGCUUGUAUCUCGACAACAAACCACACUACGGCUCGGUAUCGAAGUCUACCAGGCCCUUCUCCCUCCCCAGGAUCCCGUCCCCCACCAGCUUCUCAGCCUCCCUAGACCGCGAUUCCGUCAGCACACCAUCGCUGUGCUCUCAGGAUGCAUCCGGCUCAGUCGCCAUCCUUGAAAGGGUCAUGCGGGACAUGGGCACCAAAGAAGGGCAGGACUUGCUAUUGAAUCGUCUGUCCGAGGUUGCUGACAGGCUGGCUGGUGUGGCCCCAGCAGCAAAGGUUGAAGAACUACUCAACCUCGCCAAGAAGAGUUCACAACACGCCAUUGUACGCGGACAGAACAAUAGCUCUCCAAACCGCAAUCCAAACCACGCCGACAAGAGAUCUGCCAAUCUGGAGGUCGGAUUCGAUGAUAACUCGCCCGGCCCGGUAGCGCAUAGAAUGGCAGCUCUUGUCCGCGAUGACAACCGGCAUAACUCCUCUGCCCUGGCCGUCAAAGCCAGUGAACCCUUGAGUGACGACUUUGUCAAAGUCAUCCGCGGUGUCAAGGACAGUAUUGCUCAAAGCGGCGGUCUCACGGCCGAGGUCAAGGCUCUCGUCCGUGAGCUUCGAGGUGAAGUCCUUGGCAUGGGCCGCGAAAUCGGCCGCAGACUCGAUGAGGUCAAGGACACGGGCAAUGUCGGCGAUGAAGCUGCCAGCAAGGAAGAGAUUGCUAAGAUCGUCGACGAAGGUCUCGAUCAGAUGAAGGAACAGAUGAGUGAGCUGGUCCGGGAACACCGACGAUCGUCCACCGCAUCAGCGGCGUCUCGUGCCACUGCGAUCGACUACCAAGAAAUCUAUAACGCCAUGCGAGCUGCUCUCCGCGACGCGAAGGCCGCCGGGCCGCAAACUCCAGACCUCAGCCGAGAAGACGUUGUUGAGGCUGUCAGGCUAGCUUGGGAAGAUUACAAGCCGCAGGUUGAAGCCGAGGAACUGUCAUUCGGUAGGGAAGAUGUCCUUGAAUACCUCAAAGAAGGACUUCAGGACUACGUGGCGCAAGACGGCAGGGUUCCUGGCGCCACUAGAGAUGAGGUCUUCCAGGCCGUGGUUGAAGGUCUGAAGCAUUUCGUGCCACCAAGAAUGGAUUCCGCAACGGCACUAUCACGCGAUGAGAUUCUUGACGCCGUACGAGAAUGCUUGGAGGAAUUCGAAUUCCCUGUCGCACCAUCAGCCAUGAACGCAGAGCUCUCUCGUGACGACAUGGUUCGCGCAGUCCAGGAGGGUUUGCGAGGGUUCGAUUUUCCUCAACCCACCUCGCUCCUUGCACCACCACGCGACGACAACGACAUCAGUUCGCGCCUUCAACAAUUGAUGGACUAUCUACGCCAGGAGUUUAAAGCAGUCUCUGAAGAAGCCAAACAGAAUGUUGCCGCCAAUGGGCGGGACACAGAGCAGGUGCUCGACGCGACCAAGGACGGCCUUGAGAGGCUCCGCAGCGACAUGGAAGAAUUGAUGAGCCAUAUCAAUCUCGAGCGUGGCACGAGCGUGGAACAAGAAGAGCUCAUGGAAACUCUGGCUGAGGCAUUGGACGGUCUACGAGACGAAAUGGCUUCCCUGGUCCAGAAGGCCACAGAGGACUCCAGGCUCAUGAUGGAGUCCCACAUGGACUCACUACGCGACACAGUUCACUCAUCCAUGGUACCAGUCAGUCCUCAGAAUAACAAUGCAGAUGUCCUCGAAGCAGUCAAAAUCGGCCUCGACAGCGUGCGAGCCGAGAUGCAUCGCCCUUUCGCUGGCCAUGCCGAGAUCCUGGAUGCCCUCCACGAAGGCUUGGCAGACCUACGCUCCAGCAUUGAUAAGGUCGGCGACCGACCGGUGGAUCUCACGGCCAACGAUGAGAUUCUAGAUGCUCUGAAAGCAGGCCUGGAUGGUGUCCGGUCAGAAAUCGACGCGCUGCGUCAGCAUGCGCAAGAGGAUAAGGCUGUCACCACCAUGAACGACAACGCCGUCGUGCCUGCCGCUCCCGCUGACGCGCUGCGACAUGAUGAUAUCAAAAACCUCGAGGUCCUUAUCACGCAGCUUCGCAUCAAGGUGGAGGCCAUGAAUGUGGAAACUUUCGAGAAACCGCCACGGGAGACGAGCGCAGGGGAGGACUUCUCUCGCCUCGAAGACAUGCUUCGUGGUGUUCAGGAGUCAGUCUCGGGGAUUGCUCAGGAAAGAGAAGCGCCCGUCAAACCUACGAGCACCGACAACGCAUCCAGGGAGGACGUGGAAGCGAUCGAGACAAUCCUGCGCAAUACAAAGGCCAAACUCGACGAUCUCAUGGACGGCGAGCAGGCUAUCCGCAAAGAACAUCUGGAUAGUGUUGAGGCUUUGGUGGCUGAUACCCGCGAGGCAGUCAGCAAUGCCGCAGCACAGAUCGAAGGACUGCCAAGCAAGGACGACAUGCUGACACUCGAGGCUUUGGUGGCACAAAUUGCCAACGGGCUCGAGGAGACGAAGGAACAGGCCAGCAAGGGGCUGGCCGACCCAGAGAGAGUGACCAAGAGUGACGUUGAUGCUGUCGGAGCUGCGUGUCUGGACAUCAAGACUGCUUUUGAGCAGACGAUCAAAACGGACAUGGCUGCCCUGGCUUCAGGCGAAGAUAUACAGACCAUCAGCACCACCCUCGAAGAUCUGAAAACCCGCGUUGAGUCAACUGGUGCCCUGCACACAGCAGCGCUUGAAGAGCGACAAGCCGAGAUCGUAGGGGUAGGCGAGCGAGUCUCCGAUGUCAAGACUCUACUGGAGGAGUUCCAAACCUUGGCCAAGGGCAAGCUGGAGGAUGGAGCCACUGGCAUCGAAGCCCUAGGGAAAUUGCUCGAGGGCGUCUCGGAAACGGUCGAGCUUAAUGCCGACGUUGGCCAGGAACUGAAAGAGCUCUCUGAUAUCAUAAAAGCCGAGUUUGAGGAAUCGAAGGCAGGCGUCGUUGGUGCCAAACUCGACACUGAUGAGAAGUUCAGCGAGAUCACCGAGAAGCUGGGCGCCAAGAUCGAGGAGAAGAUUGCCGAGCUCAUGCUCAAGUAUGACGAGUUCCAGACUUCAUCCGACGAGCGGGCUAAGGCAGAAGAGGCUCGUGACGCAGAAACCGACGCGGCAUUGCUGAGCACAAAGAACGUCGCCGAAGAGCUGAAGACCCUUAUCGACACCCUUGGUUCCGCUGUCACUGACUCUCUUGAAAAGAUGGAAGAGGCCUCGAGAACAGUCUUCAGCAAAGUGGAAGAGCUCGCCAACAAGACAGAAGAAAACAGCUCCAACGACAAGACCGAGCACCAACAGACUCGGGAUCAAAUCACACAGGCCAUCGCCUCUGUUGGUGCAUUGCAGGGGCAAGUUGGCGACUUCCAGCCCCAGAUUCUCCAGGCUGUCAAGGAUGUCCUGGACAUUGUCGACCAGCAUUAUGAACACUCUAAGUCAUCGGCAACCGACCUUCACAGCAGGCUCGAAGUCGCAAAAGCAGAGCCCGGGCCACCUCUUUUGCCUCCCAUCGAGAAGUACGACGACACAGUCGUGCACGAGAAGCUUGACCAGCUUGUGUCCAGCACGGAGAAAUACGAUGACACAGCUUUGCAACAGAAGCUCGACAAGCUCGUUGAGAGCACCGAGAAGUACGAUGAUGCUGUCAUGCAAGAGAAGCUGGACCGAUUGGUCAACCACACCGAGGAGGCGGACAAGGCUUUUUCUCAACUGCAGACGCUAGAGCAGGUUCAUCAACAAGUCAUGGCUACAGCUGCCGAAAUCUCAUCGUUCCUCGCAAACCAGGCGAAAGAAGUCGCCGAGGCCAACGAUGCCAAAGAAAAGUCCUUGCAAGAGACGACUCUUGCUCUGGAGCGGCAGCUCGUUCACAAGGACCAAGUUGACCAGAAUCUUGCGUCCCUUCGACAGGAGGAAGAUCUCCUGAAGGACUCGAUUAAAAGUCUUCGAAUGGAACAGGACGCAAUGAACAAGCAGAAGACGAGGUUGACAGCUGAUGUCUCGUCGCUCGAGAUGGCAUUGCGCAUCCGUCGCGAAGAGCUGCACGAGAUGGAGAACCGAGCCGAGGGAUUGGAGCGCAGGAUUCUCGAGGGCGUCAUGGACCACUCUCGCGUUCUUCUCAUGUCCAAGGCUGCGAAAGGUCAGGAGAUGAUGAACCGCAAGCGUGUCAAGGUGCCAAAGACAUCGUCACGUGCGUCGGCGGAAACGACCCAGCAGCCGCGCGCUUCUCCUGCUGUCAACCUUGCUCUCUCUGCGAAGCGCAACCUGGCGCCUCCGGGAGUGAACAGCCCAGGCCGCCGCAUUUUGUCUCUCAGCCAGAUUAACAACAACGUACAAAGUGGAGGUGUGGCUCGAAGCCAAAGCGUACGGACCCCAGCCGCGGUUGGCCGUUCCCUCCGCAAGAGCAGCUGGGGUGGUGGGUUCGACAAAGACCGCGGUGCCCAGAAUAAAGAAAACAUCUCGGUACGGGAGGUGGAUGAAGACUCUGAUCUGCCUUCCUUUGACACGCCGAGUGGCUUGCGGCGGUCCGUUGGUCAGUCUGCUGCUGGCGAUGAUGCCAGUGAGACAGACACUCUUCGGCGGACUAGUCAGGGCACAACCAUUUUCACCGAGAGUAUGACGGACAGCAUGGUCGGAGAGGACGACAACAGCACAAGACUGGAUGAUUCAGAUGAUGAUCUGCAAAGCCAAUGGACGGAGAGUGCUGUCGGGUCCGACCUUGGUGCGGGAGCUGCUGGAGGCAACGAAGUCAUGCUGUACGAGAACGGGCUCGGGGCAUGA